GGUAUAUAUAAGCGUCUUACAAUAAUAUAAACGGUAAAAAUCACACACAAAUAUAUAUAUAUUAUAAAUAAUAUUAUUAUAUAGUCAGCACAGCACAUUAUAAAUGCGGCGUCGCGGGUCAGAACGUGAUAAUAGCUGCUGCAGUUGUCGCGCCGGGCGAGGAGGGCUAGCCGUUAUUUGAAUUUCACGAACGGCGAAAAAAAUACCGUCACCGACGUGGUAGUCGAGAGGUGUCGUCGUCGUCGCCAUCGUCCCCGUCGUCGUGUGCUCGUUUAUGUAUACGGCGUUAUUAUGUAUAUACCUCUAUAGUAUAUAUUAUUUAAAUAAAAGAAUAGAAUAAGUAUAUACAUACAUAGCAGGCGAAUUCCCCUCCCCCCACCCGUGGGCCUAUAUCCUGUAUAUUAUAUUAUUCCUCUUGCCACCGUCGCGGUCGUCGUGCGCCGACCGUCGUUUCUAUUCUCUACGAUUUUAUAUACAUAAACCUAUACUUGUAUAUAAUAAUAUAUAUUAUGUAUAUUAUCGAAGUUAUUUAUAUUUUUUUUCCGUUUCUUUACGUUUUCUUCCCCUCCGACACCGCCCCCGAGUAUACCCACACACGCUCAUAUGCGUUACAACAAUAACAACAACAAUAAUAAUAAUAUAACGUAAGUCGUUCGUCGCUAUUGCUGUGAGCUCAGGUGACAAUGGUCGCACGAUUCGACCCGGAGCCGUCGACGACGACGACACAUUUGCGGCGGCGGCGGCAGUCUCGAGGACGGGGACCGGGCGCGCAAAGGCGGCGUAUAUAAUGAUAUUGUAAUAAUGUGCUGCAGCUUACAGAGGCGAUUCUUCCCACUCGCCUGGACAAUAUUAUUAUUAUUAUUAUUGUAACGGGUAAACGACGGCGAUAAAUAAAAAUAUUACAAUAUCAUGCCACCGCCGUCCGGGCGACACUAAACGCUGGCACGUUGUGGUUUUGCCUAUGCCAAGCGCCUCGCAAAUAUCCCCUCGUCGUCUUGCCACGCAGGACAUUACAAAUAUAUUCCUAAAUCGUGUUUUGCACAUACACACACACACACACACACACACACACACACACACACACAUUUUAAUAUUAUCUUCGUCUUUGUCGCGGUCGUCGUAUAAUACCGAAGAAUGUGCCGCGUAUAAUGUAUAUACCUAAUACGAAAAUUCCAAUACGUGCGUACCUGAAGCAGCGGCUUUAUAUUAUUAUAAAAAUAUAUUACAUUAGAUAGAAGAAGAUAAAAACGCAUCCAGACUUAGGACGGUUCGUUAAGAAAAUUACAAUAAACGGCAGAGAUACGUCACGAUACCAUGAGAGUGAUGAUAUUAUACAUUAUAUAGGAUAUGAGACCUUAAUUGUUUUCACAAUGAGACAAAGGAAAAAUGUAUUCUAAACUUUUACUAUACUUCCGUAAUAAAUUUUAAUAUAAUAUACAUACUUUGUAAAUUCAAAAUAUUUAAAUAUUUGAGUGAUUAUAAUAUUAUAUGGUAUAGGAGAGAUAAUGACUUUUUUAAAAGUAAAAUUAAUUAUUGGGGAUAAAAUAUGUUUGAACUGCUAGGUUAUAGUAGAUCAGGUGUGCUUGACGGCAUUCAAAUAUUUAUUAUUAUAACGUUUGUGGCGACAACUUUGCAGGCGGGUUUGUCGAGAAAAAUAUAGUCAAACUUGUGAGAAAUUAUACACAAAGGUACCUACGUGUCUGCGGGUGUAGUGAUUAAGAGGUAUAAAUAUAGUAAGAGGGCCGCGAUGGAAGGUAAUGGACCGCACCGCCGCGUGUUUCCAACCACGACGGGAACUAUAUAUAUAAUUUUAAUCCUGUUUGAAUAUCGAAUUUCUUUAAUAUGUAUGUGAGUAUAUUCGGAUUGGUAGUUACCUAAUAAACAAUGUGAAAACUAUAAGCGGCAACGUGUAGAGUCCAUAGAAUAUAUAUAAGGACGACAGAGCGGUAGAUCGACUGGUGGGGUUGGAGGGUGUUGGUGUUAUAAAGGGUUGGGAUAUGUUUCCUUUAGAUUACCAAAUAUUUUUCAAUAAACCGAUUUUAUUUUGUUUAUUUGUGUACAUCUUAGAAUGGGGAGAUAAUUAAAUUUGUGGCUUCGCGAUGAUUUUGCAAACUACGUAAAAUGUGGUAGUUUAAUUAUUCGUUGGGAGGGAGACGACAUUUUUGUAAAUUUUACCUACUCCCGCUGAAAAUAUUUGUAUAUAUCAUAUUAAGCACUGUCUAAUAGAAUAUUAUAGAAUACGUUUGCGCUUAUCGAUCGCGAAACGCAAAAGCGGCUCGGUUGAAAGAAAAUCGACAGCAUUUAUAUUAUUGUAUACGCACUACCCAUCCGUCCCGUGAUCGCAUGUCAUCGUGUGCCGUGCGUGCGGUAGCCGGUCGCGGGUAGAACAGGCGCGGACAGCCGCGUUACCAUGGGUUGGUAAAGCCGUCCGGUCCGGACCGCGCCGUGGGUGCCGCCCGCACUUUAGGCACCACUGGCAGAGAGGUGCGUGCAUCACCGUCGGAGACGGCGGCGAGAGAGGACCGACGAAUCGACCGGGCGGAUGUUUAUAACGCGGGCAUCCGCCGUAGCGACCCGGUCAAACCGGCCGUCUCGCGCGUUUUCCACUGCCCCCGCCAAACCGCACGACCGGCCGGAACCGUCCGCCACCGCAUCGGCAUGUCAUUUCCUCUUCCUCACCCGCCGAUCGAACGACAGACCACAGACCCUCCCGAGCGUCGCCCGCGUAUUCGGUAUUAUUAUUAUUGUUUUUGUUGUUGUUACAAUAUUUUAUUGAACGGUGGGCGCCCGUCCGGCGGAUACCGGCGACCCGCACGUCACCGUUUUCGAUCCGUUUGUACCGCGCGGCGACGGCCGACCGCCGUUUAGACCGCAGUCAACGAUCGUACACGAGCGCGAGCGCACACACGUUUACUGCCACCGGCUUUGCUUGUCAUUAUUGUUAUUAUCAUUUUCAUCGUCGGCGUCGUCAUUAAUAUUUACUCCACUGUGGUAGUCCUAUGUACAAACGUCACCGAGUUUAAGUAUUCUAUAAUACCACGAUAAACGACAGCCGGUAAAAGAUAUAUUGGCCGUAAGAAACCUCCACCUAUAUAACCACAGGUCGAACGACUUUAAUAUGGUCUAUUUCACGGAAAAACUCAUAAACGAGAUACGCAAGCGGUCGUGCAUAUGGGACACGGCUGACGUGAACCAUCUGAACAAGGAAGUGCUGACCAACAUGUGGACGGAGAUCGCCGGAAAUCUUUACUCCGAUUGGCACUCACUCAGCGGUUUCGAUAAACGUGAAAGAGUAACUGAUGUCAAGAAAAAGUGGACAAACAUCAAAGACUCGUUCGUCAAGGACGUCAAGGGCAACAAACCGAGAAAGUCCCUGCGCUUGCCCGAGCACCGGAAAAAGUACUAUCUGUUCGAUCACCUACAGUUUCUGAUACCGUUCAUCCAAGACUCGAAAACCGGUGGCGGCAGUCGAUCGGCUGAAGACGGUGCCAGCAAACCGGCGAGUAAGAAAAUGCGUAAAAAUACGCUGCACGGUGAAGACUCGUCGCGGAACUCGCCCUCGAUGGCAGCAGCGCCACCCUCGGAAACCGCGCCCAAAAGACCGGAAACGCUUCAACCGGAUAUGCAGCAGCACGCCGACUUGCUCAACAAAUUAGCGGGCAAGACGGCCACAGACGUGCUAUGUCAGCUGGACGGCGAUUUGUCGUUUAUGGUGUCGCUGUUGCCCACCAUCAAGUCGAUGAACGAAAAGCAAAAAAUCGACUUCAAGAUCGGUAUCCUGCAGCUUGUGUCCCGGAUCAAGUUCGACGAAGUGCAAAAUAAUCUCUCAGUUAUGCCCACGUAUGAGGAGUUAACUGUGGCGACCCCCAAUCGCAAGUGCUUUCCAGCGCCCCGUCAACAGCAGCAGGCAGCGGGCGUUAGACACCCGCUCGUCUACGCCACUGUGUCAUCUUCUCAGCAAAUGCAACACCACACCAACCAACAACCGGCCGUCGAGCACGAGUCGCCGCGAGUUAAACAGGAAGUGGUCGACUCGAGUCCAGGGUCAUCGUCGUGGUGUUUCGACAUGGACACCAGCACCGAAGAAGAUGUGGAUUAUACUCCUAAUUGUAUAUAGAUAUACCAUAUACGCAAUGAUAAUUAUAUUUUAUUUAUAGAAACUCUAACAAAUCAUACCUACUAUAUUAUAAUAUGUCAUAAUAUUUUGUCUAUCUAUGUAUUGUGAAUAAAAAUGUACAUUUAUUUUUACGAAUCAGUGUUUAUACUAUUAGAACGUAUAGUAUAUCGAUCCAGCGCAAUAAUAAUGCGAAUGCAUUUGUAUACAGUGCACUGCUAUAAAACGUGAAGGAUUAAAAAUCAAUUUUGAAACCUUUACCGGUUUUUAAUUACAACGGUCAUCGUAAAGUACAGCAGCCUAUAUAUAUAUAUAUAUAUAUAUAUAAUAAUAAUGUAUUUAUAACACACACGCUGUUCCACGGAAAUGUUAUAAUUACAAUUACAGUAAAUUAUAUUAUAUUACAUUAUGUAUGGGUAAUGAUGUAUAUAUAUAAAUAAUAUAUUAUAUUAUACACUCGCUAUAAUAAUAUAAUAUAUGGUAGGAAGGUAUGCUAUCAUCGUCCGGUUGUAAAACUAUAUAUACUUUACAUAUUACAUAAUAUAUUACACAUUACACACUGACGUUCAUAAAGCGCGUAUGCAUAAUAGUAAUAUUAUAUAAAUCGUAAAUAUGGCGAGGUUCAAUAACUCUGCCGCGCGCUGUAGACUUGUCGCGUUCGGGACGCGCGUCAGUUCAUAAUAGGCAUAUAUUCGAUUUUCGACCGAUAUUGUAUUAAAAUUUCUCAGCAGAUCGGAUACGUAUACCAUUUCCUAGUUCCAAAAUAUAUUGAAAUAUAUAAUAUUAUGUUUCGAGUAUUGAUAUCGGUGGCGGUGCCUCGCGUAUCGUUGUAUUAUUAUGAUAAAUUGCGCGCAUCGUUUACGUAUCGUACGUACGUCGUCGUAUAUUAUACGAAAAAAAAGUCCACCGGGUAUAAUAUUAUUAUAUCAUAUCGCGCGUGUUGGAUAUUAUGUAUACGCAUGAAUGGAAUACUUCCCGGAAAAAUUACUACUACGGCGUAAACGUAUUAUAUAUUAUAUUAUACCUAUAAAUGCAUGUACAAUGUGAUUUAUGUGCACAAAUUGUUGGGAAAAAGUUUUUUUUAUUUCGUAAAAAAAAAUAUAUAUUAUAAAUAAAAAUCCAUAUGGAUGGUAUAUAUAUAAAUGUAUAUUGUAUAAGUAUUAUAGACUAUAGUUGUCUAGUGUUUAUAAUAUCGUAUCGAUAAUCGAUCAACGUAAACUGCGCGCGAUGUUUCAGAUCGUUAUCGAUGCGAUUAUAAAACCUGUUGAUAUGUAACGCUGCAGACGCACGAAUGCGCGCGCACGCGCACGACGCGGUAAAAUAUCGAUUGAGUUGAAUAAUAAUAUUUAAAUAGUGUCCGCCCGUCGUACACACACACACACGUCAUUAUAUACAUAUGGACAUAUUAUUAUAUAUUCGAAACGACAAAACGUUUUUUCUUUCUAGUUACCGUACGCCUCUGUUCACACGAUCAUUGUGAGAAAACAAUAAUAAUAAUAGUAAUAAUAUACGAAACGGAUGUUUUAACUCCAUCGGUACACCUCUCAUACGUGACCACCAUACCGAAUAUUUCGCCGAGCAAUAUUUUACGUCGCGAACCAAUAAUAUAAGAACAACGUUGUAUGGACUCGCAAAUAUGGGUUCUCCCAAUGAUAUAAUUAUCUAUUUAUAUUCGUGUGACCAGUGCAGCAGGGUAGAGCGCUUACAUUUAUGUAUACCUACUGCGGUAAACAAUACGGCUUAGGUGAUUAUUAAAAUAUUUACAAAUAUUACACAUUUUUACAAAUUACUUGUCUCGAGUAAAGUUAGAUCUGCGGCGUCAAUAUUAUAAGACAAUGUGUAAAAUUCGUCCCAAAAAUUUGAACGGGACCCAUUAUUUUAAAAUCAAUAUACCUAGAGUAUUUUACAUAAUAUAAAUAUAUAACAUAAAAAGCCCUCCCCGCUGACGAUGCUCGAUGUGCUCCGAAAUAGUAAACGAGAACAAAUAAAUCACACUUUCAAAAUCAAAUGCCAAUUUUUCCCACUCUACAUAUACGUCACCGAUCAGCACGGUUAUAUGCGGGAUGUGAGGCUUCUGGUUUAAACUAUUUAAUAAUAAUAUUUACUUAUCAUAGUAUGGAUAUAUACUUGGAACUCAAUGAUUGGGGCCCCCCCCCCGGCUAUUUCGCGCGCGAGAGACCCCACGGUUGUACAUAUGUGCAGUGAUAUAUUAUACUUGUGUGACGGCGUACGUGUAACGUACACAUAUAUAAUAUAUGUGUCUGUGUGUGUUAACAAAUUGUUCGGCAGGUGUUUGAAUAGGCAGUGGCGGUGUCCUGCGAUCGUCGGAAAGGAUUAAUAUACCGCGGUAUACAUAGGUCCCGUUGCCGCGGGUCUUUGUGGGCCGCUUUCGGCUCCUUUCGGCGUAUACACUACAUCCACCACCGUGGACGCCAGAUGUAUAAUACACUUUAUAACGUGAAACACGCACGCUCGCGCCGCACAACAAGCUCUAUCGUAACCCGGACAAAUGAACGUGGAAAAAAAACAGUAUAAUGAACACAACAAUAUACGAGAGAAAACUCGAGGGACCCGACCGAAAAUAAUAGCGUGGGGCGGCGUGUUGUGUGGAAUAAUGAAAAUACGCAGAAAACGCGAGAGCUGCGACGACUACACGACGACGACCGCCUGUUGGGCGAACACAACACCUGAUCAUUGUCCUUCGCCACGGGACGUAUCGAGUGCGCGCGCGCGCGCGCCCGCUCACGAGGGGCCCGGUCGGAUCUGAAAUAAUAUAAAGGCGUGCGUGGUGGCGGUGGCGGCGGCUGAGGGCGGGGAAGGCGCACUCGAAAAAUCUGUCACCACUCGCGCUGCAGUGCGUGUGUACACGUUGGUGUCGAAAACGACAAGUCUGACACGCGGAAAGAACAGAGCGGUUAAACGUCUCAGCCGGGGGUGGGGGGAGGGGGGCAUAAAAAACCAGAAGAUAUCGUCGUCGGGCCAGAGUCUAUAUAAUAUAAUACAAUAAUAUUGUACUAGGUAUGCGCGAGUAGUUUGGGAAAAAAUUAACAAAUUCUCCAGCCAUAUUAUAUUAUUAUGUAGGUAUAGUAUCACACGGCUCACAAGAUCACGAUUAUGGACCACGCGCGAACGGAAAACGUGCUUGAAACUCAAAUUGCAUCAUGUGUGCGCUGCUGCCGCCGGUAUGUCGUCGCGGCAGUACAUAUAUAUAUAGGAUUAUAGGAAUGAGUAGUUGUAGUAGUAUAGUAUAGUAGUAGUAGUGUAAUAUAUAUAUAAUAUAUAAGUAUAUAGAGAGAAAAAAAUGAAAUAAUAAUAAUAAUAAUAAAAAAUAAACGAAAAAAUGUAUUUAUACUAAAUUGCUGAUAAUUUAAUCGGACUGCGCGACUGGCCGAGCCCGAUUUCAUUUUUUUAUUUUUAUUAUUAUUUUUUUUUUUUUCAUUAGGUACAUUAUUACGUUUAAACUUGCGCGCACCGGGGCCAUAAAAAUAAAUUGGAUCACACAGGGUCCGCGCGGGUGAGAGAGAGACGGCCGCCGAGCGACGUGGAUCGGAUCUAUCUAUAUAAUAUAAUAUGCGCGAGCGGACUCUUUAAUUAGUUGCGCUGUUCACGUACCUAUGUAUUUGUGUGUAUGAGUGUGUAUGGGUGUGCGCUUGCUCCUCCGGUUUUUGUUGUUUUUUAUUCAUUAUUAAUACACACGCACGCACGCACGCACACACACACACACACACAUAUUAUAAAUGCAUCGUGUGCCAUUUUCAUAUAUACGGGAUGCACAGAACAUCACGAGUGGCGCACGGUUAUAAUAAUAAUAAUAAUAAUAAUAUUAUAGUGGCGGUAAAUUAAAAUUGAUGAAAAAAAACUAUACGUGCAUUUCGAUAAAUUACACGAACACGAAUUUAAUCGAUUUCUACGGGUUCUAUAUUAUAUUAUAUUGCUGGGAUCUAUUAUUAUUAUUAUUAUUAUUAUUAUUACUAUAACGACGACGGGAAUAGUAUAUACUAUGUAUACAUAUAAUGUACGUAUAAUAUAGAACAAGUUGGACGCCGCCGUUCUCCGACGCUGUCAAUUGUUGAUCACGAACGAAUAAAAAAACUGAAGAAAAAAAAUGGGCAUUUUCAAAUGUCCCCCGCUCACCAUACAUAAAUAUAUAUAUAUAUAUAUUAAUAUAAUACAUAAUAUUGUAAUAUACUACUGCACCCGCUGCAGAAUGGCAUUAUAAUAAUAAUAAUAAAAACAACAAUAAUAAAAACACGCUCUGCAGCACAUAUUAUUAUAUAUUAUUAUUGUAUAUAAAAUAUAAAUAAAAACGACGGAGACAGAGGCUGCUGCAGCCAGCGCCCCCUUGGGCUAAACCAAACGAAAGAGGAGAAAAUAAAGGUAAAAAACACACGACACACACACAAACCGCGAUCCGCGAACUUAUAUAUGUGUACUUAUCUCCAAGCCGGGAUUAUACAUAUUAUGCGCUCGAUUGUGUGUGUGUCUGUGUGUAAUGUGCAUGUAAAUUGUACACACACACACACACACACUCGUAUAUAAAAUAAAUACCCGUUGCGCGUGUACAUGGUGCGUAUAUAAUAAACAAAAAAAAAAAUAUAAAUAAAAAACAAUACGACAACGGUCGGUCUCGUUCCAACUCACACGCGGGGUGCACCUAUGUCCUGUAGUCGGUCUUUGUCUCCUCGGGGCCGCAAGCUCAUUGAACCACGCGCGCGCGCUCUCUCGCAGCGCGCAUACUGCUGCACAUUAUAAUAUUACAGACACACACACACACACACACACACCCGAGCGUAUAUUAGCAGACACACGCACAAACGAAGAUAUAUAAUAUUAUUGUAUAUAAAUACGCGACGAGAACGUUUUAUCUCGCAUUUCAUUUGGUUACUUUACAAAUGAAAACGAUGUUGAAAAUAUUAGCAUAAUGGUGUAAUGGAUACGGCGGCGGCAGCGCUGUGUACACCCGAGUCUGGUUUGUUGUGACCCCCGCCACCCCGCUCUUCCUGCGCCUGCGGAUCAUUCAACCACCCUCCACCUCUCGCACCCCACGUAGACGGCCGCGUUCUUCCCCGCAAAUCCUUGUGCCGGCCCCCGCUGCAGUCGCCACUGCCGCCGUUUCCCUCCCGCGCGCGACCAAGUCUCUUCUCAGUGGCGGCGGCGGAUACACAGACACACACACACACACACACGAUAUAUAAUAAUAAUAAUAAUACGUACCAAGCAUAUUAUAUUAUUAUUAUACGUGUAUACGCGGACUUAGAACGGACAAACGUAUACAAUAAUAUAGCAUUUAUACAUAGAUAUUAUACUUAUAUAUUAUAAUGUUGUGUGGGUAGAUACACUGCAGCGGACACAGAUGAGCUACCUAUACAAAGACUGUUUAUAUUUAUACACUUAUAUAAUAUAUACACACAACACACAUUACAUAAUAUAUUAUACUACAAUAGUAAUAAUAAUUAUCUUAUAAUGCGCAUGUGUGCUGUAUUGUAUAUUAAAUAUAUUAUAUUUUGUACCUAUUAGUAGGUAUACUCCUUCGUAACCACCCCUCGUCGUACGUGCGCGGCUGCUGCACGUCUCGUCACUUUUUUUAAUUUUUCCGUUAAUAAUCAUAUUAUAAUCGUGUGCCGCCGACCGCCCCCACGCGUAGCGGUCUCCAUAUCGUGUAGCGUGCGGCCGGGAGGUGUUCCGGUGAAAGUCUCGUCGGCUACCGAAAAACGCGCGAGCCAGACACCAAUUCACAUAACAAUAAUAAUAUUAUUAUAUUAGACGAGUAAGGAUCUCACGACAAACCCGUAGUCAACCGAAAGCCCGUCUGAAUAUUAUAAAUUUACUACACGCAACAGAAGACACGAUAUACCAAAGACUUCCAAAGGUUUCCCUUUAUUUGAAAUUAUAUAGGUACGAUCUAUACCAACAAUUUGCAAGUAAGUAUAAUACGUGAGAUUGCGGACGUGGAUAAUGGGUGAGUUAGAAGACUUAGAUUAUUAGUUAGUGAGAUUAAUUGGAUUGUAUGAUUUAAAUCUAUAUUUUAGUGUAUAUUGUACGUCUGUAUAUAAUUAAAAUGUAACGUCUUCUGACUGGGUACCCACCACAGCAGAUUUGGCGGGUAGGAUAUUUAAAAUACGUAUUCCAGGAAAAUUGAACAUUGAGAUAAUGUUCUGGGUUCAUGAGGUUCUUGAGUUCUUGGACUUUUAUUUUUGCAUACUGCAACGGAGUUAAUAAUAUUGAAAGAUUCCUAGAGAUUUUUUCGAUUUUUUUCUCAAUCAAAAAAAAAACAAUGAUAAAUGCGGGUUGAUUAAUACCUUGGGAAUAUUAAUAUUAUUAUUGGUUGGAAAAUAAACCGGAAAAUCAAAAACAUCGUCAACGCACUUCAAAACGGUUGGUGGUUCUAAAAAGUUGUUUCUCAGAGAUCGUUCUGAACAGUUGUUACUUGUGAUCUGCGACUGGGUUGUAGACCCAGCUUCAUUUUAUUCAAAGAAUCGAGAGAUUACUUUGUUUUAUCUAUUGUUGUUUUUUUUAACUUUCCAAUUAGAAUCAUUAAUAUUUUUUUGAUGAACUUAUAUGAACUUAGAGGGGGGAGUUUGUAUUUAUAUUUAUAUUUUUAUUGAUAUUGACCAGUGUGAUAACCGGGACGGUUUUAUUUAGAGUCUUAUUAUUUUUAAUAAAAGACAUUUUAAUGAGCGUGUACGGAAUCGGUAAUUACCUACGGCCAUGAAUGGCCUUGAGAUAACAACGAAUCUAGUACCUAUACGGUAUACUUAUACGAUACGCAAAUUGAAGCUGGAUUUACAAUUAACUGGUAUAAGACAGUGGUAUAUAACACUAAAUUAAAUUAAUAUGAAUAUUAAUUUACAUUGUGAAUUUACAAAAAUGAAAUAAAUUAUCUCACAAAUCAUUAAGCUCAAAUGAGGAUUAGAACACAUUUAAAAUAUUAAUAUUAAGAGCAGCAAGAGCGCACGUCCGUGUACAGUACACUAUACAGUGCGACGCGAUGACCGGCACGAAACAAUAUGUUCCAAGAUCUAAAUCAGAAAAUAGAAUUAUUACACAGGACUCAGGUUUUUUAAUUUCAUAUUGCAGUAUUUAUUGAAUUAGUAAGAAACCCACACGAUUCCUAUUACUUAAACAUUAAGCCUAAAAAUUGUAGGAAUAAUGUGGAAAACAAUAGGACGUCAAAGAUAAAACUAAUAUACCGUCUGUCAAAUACUCGUUUAUUGCGAUACCUAGACAGGACUUUGUUGUACCUAUAUAUUAUAAUUGUCUUCGAGUGGAGAGUAAUCCUCAGAACACUCCCAAAUAUUAUUAGCACGAUAUUCGUUCUCAGUGUGCGCAAAAUUUCGAUCUGCAGUCUACACAUAAAAUACUACAACAACUAUAAUAACAACACGCACUCUCACAAUACGCUGCAGACACGAUUUGAUCCGGGGACGAUGACAGUAUUCCCUGCAAAAGACCGAAGGAUAGAAAAUAUCUUUUGCAGUAAAGUUGUGUUCGCGAGUGGCGGACCUCUCGCCAAGGCAAACUUCGCAAGUUGUUACCGAAACUAACCGAAAGUUAACUGUAGCAUUUUUCACUAUUCAGCGUAGUAUAGCGCCGUAUAGGUACGGUUUGAUGUAGCAUGAUGAGGUAAGCGACAUACCCCCUCUGCGCCCUUCGCAACCACCAGAAAUCGGGGGAGGCCGCUAAAAGUUAAAUAUUUAUAUAUCAUGUCCUAAGUCCUACAGUAUGAUAAUUGGACGAUGGCGUAUGGAAUAGGUAUACCAAUAAUUAUACAUAAAUAGUUAACAGCGAGUAAGCUUUAUAAUUAUGAUAUGAUAUAUUUUGAAAUCAGUACGACGAAAAAUAAUACAAUAAUAAUAAUAGAAAACGAUCACGUGAGGCGACGACACUGGUGUGACAGCGUCCACAAACAGUCAACUCACACACAUACACACACACACACACGCAUAGACACAAGAGCUCGCGCGCGCACCGUUGCCGGUUCGGACAUCUGCCUACGUCGUGGUUGUAUUGCGUGUCCGCCGCCGCCGAGCGCGCAUUCCACAUCGACGCAUUGCAUUCCACCGCGCCGGAUUCCCCUUAACGCCCGAGCGGGUCGACGUCGCCGUCGCCACCGUCAUCUCACUCGACGCGGCCGCCUAACUCUCUCUCUCGCUCCCCGUCCCCAGUCCACCGUCGCUCAGAGAUCUUAUAUUAAUUCACACUCUUCGCGCUCGCGCCUGUACAUAUAAAAUGUAUUUUGUAUUAAAACGACGACACCCGACCCAAAAGCCGCAGUCGCCCGCGUUUUUGUUUUCAUUUAACAUCAGCCGCCGCCGGGCUAUUGAAAAGUGAUCAUUAUUGUGGCGAAUCGUUCGCUGUUAAUCACGUUCGGAUUUGUAGGUGAUAUUCAAUAUAAGUAUAACGAUAAGAAAAAUAAAAGUUUUUGAAAGAGAGAGAGAGAGAGAGAGAGAGAGAGAGAGAGAGAGAGAGAGAGAGAGCAAGGAAUUAAGCAUAAUAUGACUAUAAGUGCACAGUGCCCGUGAUUAAAAACGCAUGUACGCGAUAGAUAUAAGUCAAGUCCGGUACGGAUAGCGUCGUGUAAGAAACGUUUGACCUCUCAGCUCUUGACUUUUCCGCGGCGUAUGCGACACGAAAGAGCAAUCAAUUGAGGGACGUGGAGUCGGGGAUGAGCCACAAGAGGAUACCCCCUUAUCCGACAAUAAUAAAAACUAUAAUAUUAGACUUUUAGUCGGCACUCGGCACUCAGUAAAUUUGCUUAAUGUUUCCUCAUGGAUUUUUCGUUGAGAUCGUCCAUACGCAGAAUCUAGUAUAAAUUUGUAAAUCACGACUUGUAUAAGUAUCAUACUAGGUGUGAUUAUCUUCAUAACGAUUGCAAUAAAACGAAAACACAGUCGUCAGUCGUCACCAACGAUUUAUUAUGAUUAAAAUGAAAAUAUUAUCAGCUCGACUCAGGCCUGGUGCAGCGGCCGGUGAGCGGGUAAAAUAUAUAAAUAUAUAUAAUAUUAUCCUAUUAACUACGCGUGUGUACAAUAUAACGUAACGUGGACGCGUAUAGUUUUACCGCUCGCGCUCGUGCAAUGCGUAAAUAUAAAAAAUAUAAUUUUAACGCGUACCUCAUGCGCGAAGAGGAGGUAUAUGUAUAGGCGGUGCGCCGCGGAUCAAGUGUGAAAUAGUCAGCCUCCGGCUACUAUAUAAACGAAUAGCCCAACGUAUAUACGCAGCGGCGGUGGCAGUUGGGCCAAAUACCACAGAUGAAUAAUAAUAAUAAUAAUAAUAAUAAUAAUCGUCGUCGUCGUAUUCCCUCAUAUUAUUAUACACAAUAAUAUAAGUGCGUGUAAUAUACGCUCGCGUUGAGCAGCAGAACGCGCGAGCACCAAACCGUAUUUAAUAUACCUAUAGAGGUGCAUAUGUACCUUCGCACACUCCGUGAGUGUGUGUAUAAUGCAAUGCCAGAGCUAGGCAAUAUCGCCUCCUCGUAAUAGUAAUAAUAAUAUAUAAUGUAAUAUUCAUCUUCUCUCCGUCUCGAGACACCGCAUCGAUCUGCGAGAUUUAUGAACGCCCACCCCUUCACCUCCCCACUACCCCUGCGGCAUGAGCCGUAUAUAAUAUUAUAUACUCCUCCGAAUGCGCCAGUAGUAGUAGUAGUAGUAGUAGUAGUAGUAGUAGUAGUAGUAGUAGUAGUAGUAGUAGUAGUAGUAGAAGUAGUAGUAGUAUUGUAGUAGAAGAUGUAGUAGUAGUUUUUUUUUUAGUUUUUUCUCAUUCGUGAUGCGGUGAACGGGAAUACAAAUAAGACGAAUUUUAAUUGAUUUUACUAUUCCACCUCGCGCGCAUGUAGCAGCAGCAGUAGUUUCCGCUGCCGAAGAAUACCCAUAACACGUAACAUAUUAUGUUUGUGUGUGUGUGUGUGUGUGUGUGUGUGUGACGGCGAUUUAAACGGUUUUUUAUUAUUAUUAUUAUUUAUUUAUUUUUACCUCGUUACACGCGGCGGCGUCGACGACGAAACGACGAUGGCCGUUUGCACCGGUGACCGCAACGACUGCUGCACGCGCGUGUAUAAAGGAACCUAUCUUGGAUUUCGUUUAUUUAUGUGCGCGUAUACGGCUCAAGGGCAAAAGAACAAUGUAACUACAAAUUGGCACGGUCGAUAUCUGCUUUGGGUCGGAGGUGGCGGGGGCGGUGGCAGGGGACGAGUGUGCACAUAUAUAAAUGUAAUAAUAUUAUGUACAAACGAAAUAUCUCUACACAAUAUUAUUAUUAGACAUCGACAACCUGCGUGAGUUUCGCAGACAUAGCUGUAACGCGAUCGCUCGGAGGCGGGAUUGUAAAUAUUAUAUCAUCACGGGGGCUGUAUAAUAACAGCGGUAACAGUGUAUACCUAUCCAAAGAGGU